CGCGUCACGUGUCCGGGCGGGGGUCACGGCCAUUCCCGGGGAGCGGCUCCGUCCCGUCCGUCCCGGGCGCUCCGCGCGCUCCUGCCGCGGCUCCCGGCGGCUCCUGCCCCGCCGGCGGCAAUGAGGGCGCUUGCCCCGCGCUGGGCGGCUCUGGCCGUGCGGGCGGCGGGCGGGCGGUGGGCGCCGCCCGUCCCCCCGCGCCGCGGGCGUAGCGGCCCCGGCCCGCCCGCGCCGCGGGAGUGGGCGCUGCCCGUGAGCCCGCGGGGGCGGCUGCGGGUGCGGCUGCCGUGCCAGGUGAGCGUCCGCCCGCUGGACCCGCAGCGCUGGCCGGGCGCGGACCGUGUGCUGGUGGCCGUGAGCGGCGGGAGCCCCGCGCCCCGCGGGCGGGAGCGGGAGCCCGUGCGGGUGGAGCACGACGAGGCGCUGGGGCAGGUGGCGAUCGUGGCGGACGGCGUGGACAGCAAGGCCGCCGUGGAGGUGCGGACGCCGGUGAAGUUCGAUUUGGAUAUCAAAACAUCAGGGACUGGCUGCGUGAAGAUUCAGAAAAUAGAAUGUGAUAACUGCAAAAUAGAAACGGAGAAGGGGACUAGUGUCUUGCAGUCAAUAAAGAGCCAUAAAAUUGAUAUACGGACAAAUGGUGGCAAAGUCAUUGGUCUUGGAACGCUUUAUGGAAAUACAGAUAUUUGUGCAACAGAGAAGGGGAGUGUGAAUAUAGAGAAGCUGCAAGGGACAACCAUCAACAUAUCUACUGAAGAUGGGCUGCUGAAAACUAAGUAUCUCUAUGCAGAAUCGGCAUCUCUCUCUUCAGUAGCUGGUGAUAUUAUGCUGGGAAGUAUUCAUGGUAACACCACCCUUCAGACCAAAACAGGGAGUAUCACAGUAGAUUCUUCAGAUGGAAGUCUAAAAGCUUCUACAUAUCACGGGACAAUAGAUGUUUAUGUCAGUCAAUUAAGAAAAGUGGAUCUGAAAUCCCAGAAAGGUUCAAUUACAGUCAAGGUACCUGCCUCUCUCAAAGCCUAUUUAGAGUUGUCUGGAAGAAAAGUGGAUGUGAACUCAGAGAUCCAGUUAAAAGAAACACAGAGAGCCUCCAAAGAUGAUCACGUAACUAUAAGUGGUCACAUGAAUCAAAAGGAUGAAACAGAAAAAUGGAUUAAGGCUGACACACAAAAUGGCAAAGUAUAUCUUAAAAGCCAAAGUUGGAUCCAGUCUGUCAAGCUGAAGAGUUCUUAAUGGUGAAAUAGGCCAAAGAGAUUAAAUCAAGAAAUUGUAAAGGAACAUUUGUGUAAAAUUAUGGAACUUUGUUGAUGUAUAUUCUUAAUAUAAGAGAGAAAGGAUAUUAAAAAUGAGGGUGUUUUAAUCCAAGAUUUACCUGUGACAGUGCUGGUGCUAAACAGGUCUGAUGUACUUUUAGUGCCUUUUAGGAAUAAGAUGGUCUUACAUAUUCAGAAUUUAUAUACCUUGACCCACUUACCAUGUCAGUUUAAAAGCUGGUAGGUUUCAAACAAAAGUUUGGAAUUGUCAUUUAAAAAUAAAAAGCAUUUUCGACACUUCUUAUCUCCAGAUACGAGAAUUUACUUCCAAGUUGACGUGCUUUGCAAGCUCUGUUACACUUUUAAAUUAAAUGUCUCAAUACUGUGGAAAUUCUAUUGGUUUAUGCAAAAUGCAGAGAAUUUUCUUUAACCAAAUUGUCUCUAUUGUGAAUAGGAUAAAAUCAUUUUCAGAACUGUAGUUCUUCUGUGGUCUUCUCGUUUGGUGUUUGGACCGUAAGUAGUUUCUGCCUUGUCAGUGGAUACUCUGUGUAAAACUGUUGCUGUGAAAUGGCAAAACUUGCUCCAUGUCUUCUUGAACUGCUUGUUUCUGGAUAGGAAUAAGAGCUCUAGCUAUGUCUGCUGCUGAUCAUCUGCAAAGAAAAGCUUUUAAAGUAAAUAGAAGUGUAAUGGGUCUGUCUGAUUUCAAGGAGGAACACUCCACCAACUGGACUUCAGGUGAGAGUCCACAUGAACAUUCCCCUGAAGUAAAAGCUGCCAUAGAAUGGAAGUAUUGGCUUGGUAACUGAGAACUGUAAUCUGUUUCCAGUGACUUCCAUCCCCAUCCUGCAAGGCUGCCAGUCAGCUCUUUGAGGCAGGAAGGGAGAGGAGGGAGGUGAGAGAAGGAGGUAGGCCCUGCACAAGGGCAGACAUGAUUUUUGUGAAGGAUUUUGUGUUACUGUAACAGAAACACACAGUAAAGUAAAUGGAGCUUUUAAAAGCCUUUCCAUACAUCUGUAUGACACCUUAUAAAAGAAGUACUGAAAUUUGUGUUUUAAAGCUGAAAUGUAAGAAUCUCUGCCAGAUGAGUGGAUGGAGAGUAGCAGAGGAGAGUUCAGACUGUCAGCUCUGGUUUUAGGUUGUGUGUGUGUGUGUGUGCUUUAGAUCAUAAUGGUACAUUAUGAGAUGAACUUCUUUGCCACAUGAUUCUCCAGAAGGUAUAAUUGUCCCUGGCUAAUGGACUUGAGUAGUCAAGAGCAGCAUUUUUACUGUAAUUUAGGGUGGUUAAAAACUCCACAUUCUUUUUGCUGUUGUGUGUACUGUUGAGAUGAAGUGGGCACUGAUGUUUAUGAUAAGUUAUAUGUAUUUUUAAUAUAAAUGCUAUAUAUAAAACACUUCUAAUAGUAUUACUAAAUGCAUUACAAUAUUACUAGUUAUUAUUAUACUUUUAAAAGGUACAAUAUUAAUAAAUCUCUAAUGGGUUUGGAUAUUCCAAAAAAUUUUUGAAACUAAUGAUUUCUGUGCUGGAGCCAAAGUGAAAGAACCACCUCAAAAUUCACACCACAUGGAAACAUAAAAACAGUCUAAUAGAUAUUUCAGAAGACCAAGUCCAUUUAAUGUUCCCAUUAUUCACACAGAGUACAAAGCCUGUCACCCUCUGAGAUUAAGGUUGUGCUUUUUGGGACUGCUGCAUCAGCAAUAUAAGAAAGAACAUAGUGAGAAAACAUGUUAUUUGUUCUACUUUCAAAAGAAAGCAAGCUAAGGCAUUCAUAUUCCAAAACUAGCAGGACUUAAACAUCAGGAUUGUUAGUUACUUGCUUAAAGAAGUUUAAAUAAGCCAGCAGAAAAAUUGUGCUACCACUAAAGCUAAUUAUUAUAUUCUUUCAAAGGUAGUAAAUGUUGAGACAAGCUAGAACCUUAAUAUAAAGGUCAAGAAUGAGCUGAAGAAGGACAAAUCCUUGGGAGUUUCCCAAAAAACAUUAAGUAAUGUCUUGUUCUGCUGUAAUGAGGUGAAACUAUAUUUUUCUGUAGACAAGUGAAGAUUAGUAGGUUAUCAGUAAUUAGAAUUUGAAUGGCAAAUCCCAUGUGUGCUUUUUUUUUUUUGUUCAUCCAUUUGAUGAGAAGACAUGUUCUUGUAACAGGAGAAAAUUUAUUCUUUAACAUUUUUCUUAUCUGUGCUCUUUUUAAUUUGAUUCUCCCGAUCUGUCAGCUGCCAGCCAGCUCACAGUUCAGAUCUGCAGCUUACUUAGAGACAAGCUCAGCCCAAGAGGGUUUUAUGAGAAUUAGGGCUCUGGGUACACAGGUGGCUGUUGAGAAGUGGAGAACUGUGCUUAAAUGUACAUGUAACGUUGCAUAUUAAAGAAUCAGCAGUCACUACCUACUCACUGUUCUCAGUUACUCAAGAAUGCUGUACUUGAUGAGUACCAGCCAUGUCAAGUGUGAAGUUCUGUGGGGAGUCAGAGUGUUAAUGGCCUGGAGAGGACUUUCAUGGUACACAAGAACCCCAAACACAUGCAGAUUUAUUUAUUGCUUACCCUGCAUGGGACUACAAAAACUUUCAUUAUCGAAAGAUGAAGACAGCUUGAAUCAACAUCUGAGGGUUAGAAGUGCUGUCUGAGUGCAGCUGUCUUGCUUGGAGGCAUUUGCACUCCCGUGAGAAAGAUUUGCAAUGCUUCCUUACUAAUGCAACAAAUGGCCUUUUAUUAAAGUGUGAUUAGUUUUAAGAAAAAAUAAUACAGUGUUCUUUUCAUGCUCUAGAGAAAAACCCUUGAACUGUAGAAGAUUUUGUGCAAUUUCUUCAUUUUUCAUUUGAAGAAUUUGUUUAUUCAGGCUCUGAUCUGUGUUUUUUGGUGAAGGUAGUUAUAUUACCAUCCCAGUCAUAUCCAAAUCAGCAUCAUUAUAUUCAUGUUUCUCUCAAGACAGCUUGUCUGCAACAAGGGUUUUAAAAUAAUAAUGACAAACAUUUUCAGAGGCUGUUUCUACAAAGAACCCUAAAAGCAGUUUAAUGAGAAAAAUUCAUUUUUUUUAGCUGAAGCUAUGAUUAUUAUAAGAGCUAUGUGGAAACUUAAACAGAAGAUAAUUUUUUAGGCCAUAGAGUCACAGAAGAAAUUAGGUUGGAAGAGGUCUCUGGAGAUCAUUUAAUCCUGGUCUUGAUUUAAAUGGAUCCAACUAGACAAGGUGGGUUAUGGCUUUGCCAGAUGAGUUCUGAGUAUCUGUAGGGUUGAAGGUUGCACAGCCUCUGAGAUCCUAUUGAAGGGUUUGACCAUCCUCCUGAUUAAAAAAUUAGUUUUGUUGUAAUCAGAAUUUUACGUAUGCCACUUGUCCUAUCAGUGCACCUUUGAGAAUGGUCUGGCUAUGUCUUGUCUUCUGUAUCCUCUGAUCAGAAUCAGAGACAGCAAAUAAGGUCUCCUCCAUCUUGAGCCUUCUCUUGUGACUUAGCAAAGCAAUUUUCUGAAGACUCUUCAAAAGUCAUGUGUUCCAACCCUUUAACAGUCCUGGUGGGCUUCAUCCACACUUGCUCUAGUGUGCCAGUGUCUGCCUAAACACAGAUCUGAGUAGGCAAGGCCAUUGGAAUGACAACAUUGCUUUUGGACGAAAACAACACCAAACAAGAUAAAGAAACCAGCUACAUCAGAAGGUAUCACAGCAUCUCCAGAGUGAUUUUUCAUAGCUCUAUAGAGAGGCUAAAGUAAAUGUGCAGGUCCUUCUCUCUGUUUUUCUAUUUGAACAGUGUCUUUAGCACCUCCAAGUAUUUUUACCCUUUCCUCCUUCACCCUCUGCUUUCUUUUUGGGCACCCUCUCCAUUGUAGUUAUCUUCUGUCACCCACCUCUUGUAAAGUGUAUUGUUUUAGAAAGGGAAUUGAGUACACAGAGGGCAGUGCUAUAGAGCCUUACAGUUACCUGCACUGGUAUUAGACCCAUCCCAAGGCUGUGUUUUGCAGCCUCUCUGAUAGCUGAACCAGAAAAGAGUUAUCUGCGAUGUCCAAAACUACCCAUGACCCUUCAGAUCUCCCUCAACAUUUUGUGGCCACUGCCUCUUAACGGCAUUAGAACACAAAAGCAACAAACUACAUCAAAAUAGGAGAAAAUCAGGCCUCCUAUCUGAGACACCCUAAAAAGGAUUUGAAGGGCAACUCUCUCCUCUCCCUCCUUUCCCAGCAGCAUCAGUCUAGCAACUUUCAUUACCUUCCCAAGCUGAAGAAACUCAACCCGCCACUUUCAGUCUUUUGAACUCUGUUUCCAUCCCUUCUGUGACCUGGCAGUCAGCCCACUCCUGGCUCCACACCCACCUCCCCCACUGCUGCUCCUGUGCUCCAGAAACCUCCCCUGGGCUGAGUGUGCUCUUGUGCUCCCUGAGGAAGAGCCAACUCUUUACAUCUCCUCUUCAGGAGAUUCAACCAGAUCUGGUGUGUCACAGCCACAGCAAGGCAGUCUUCCUCCCUGCUGGCCAAUUCCUAAGCUCUGUAAUGAUAAAGUAUACAGCUUCUAGACUAUACUAGAAAAAAUUCCAAAUUAAAGUGCUGUGUUAUCUGCCAGUAGUGCUACUACAGUGUUUUUUCUUUCUUUUUUUUUCCUAAAGUGGAAAUGCUGAGAUGGUUACAAAAGAGGCAGCCAUGCCCAGCUGUAAUACUGGCAUCACCACAGCAGGAAAUAGGAAGUGGGCAGGAGUGGAAAAGGGACAAAAUUAGUGAAGCAAGGAGAGCUCCUUUUCAACCACUGCAGGAUACUUUUUUUUUUAAAUCUCCAACACUGACACACUGUAUAAACCUCAUGAACAUAAGGCUGCAUCUGUUUUUAUAUUAGGGAGGCCUGUGCCAUGGAGGAAUGUGUGCACAACUUAUAUGAGCUAUAAGCUCUGAGCUAUAAAACAAAAAUCAACUCAUCUAAGUCCAAAUUCCUGUUUUUCAUGGAAACUGCAAUGUAUGGUGGCUGUCUGAAGCAUGUAUAAGGGGAGCUGUUACUAUUUUUUUGGAAAUUUAUGAUGUCUGAUGCCUGGACCUGCAGUUGAAUGGUUUGCCAGAAACAGCCAUUCAUUAAUCAUCAACACAUGGCAAAAAAGAUUGUUUAUUUAAGAUAUACUGUACUAUGAUAGAGGCUGCUUAUUUAUUUAUAUAGUGCCCUAAAUGAACACAUUGAUGAGUAAAAGCAUUUCAGGAAAUAAUUGCAAUUAUCUUUGGCAAAACAACUAUCUCCUGGUAUAAGUGAGACAAAAGUACUGGCCCAAACACACAGCUUGAGCAGCACUGGAAUACGUAAUUGCAUCCUUUUCCAAAGUUUCAAUCAUUUUUACUGAGAAGGGGUAGGAAAUACAGUUCUGCAUCAUGGUCUGAAUCCUGUCCUUUCCAAAAUUCAGCAAUGUUUGACUGGGUCCAUCAUAAUAAAAAGCAGAGGUUUUGAAAAAGACUUUUUGAGAUGAGGUUACAGAAACCAAUCAAGAGUAAAAAGUAAUGGAAAAUAAAAACUUAAAAAUGGGAGAACUGUUUAUAGUGCAAGUGCAGGAGAAAUCAAGCCAAAGAGGCAAGUGGAGGCAGGCAGCUAAUGGGAAAAGCAGGAAGCAUCCUGCAAGCAUGCUCCAGGUUACCAAAGGUGCUAAGACUACACUGAAUCCAAAGUAUUCUGAGGCCUAUGUCAGCUGCAGUAGUUUUAUCAUUUUAUGGGAUCCAGUUCAUGUGCACAUGAUGGCUGAAACAUGGCACUCCAGGAGCCUCUGUGCCACUUCCAAGGAGCAAUUGAGAGUCUGUGAGAAGACAGUACUUUAUUUUUGUUGCUUUUUAAAAGAAAACUUAGGGGUAAUUAUUGUUAGUCAUGUGUAGGUUGUCUUCAUUUCCAGUUACAUAUGUGUUGGACUUCCAGAUCCUUCCUGCCUUGAGACCUGCAUAUUUGGAUAAUACCUAAGAAAUUCUGCUUUUUCAGGAAAAAAGAGUUCUUGCAAUCUCCUUUCCAGCCAACAGCAACCAUCAGAAAACACAAAAACAACAAAACCAAACAAAAAUCAGAAUGUUCUUCAAAUGUCAAAUAUAUUGUAGCUAUUAAGACCCAAUGUAAUUUUUCUUCAAAAGGCAAAAAUUUUAAUAGCACUUGUUGAUGAGUCACUUGUUAACAGUGUAGUCAUAAUUUUAGGAGAAAUGUAACUAGUUUUAUAUCAGUGCAUACAAGAAAGAAGGAAACAUUUAAUUUUGCUCUUAAAGAAGAUCUUUCGAUGGAACAAAACUGUUACAGAUGAGAUGCAGUUUGGGGAGAGCAGAAGAGUGGCUGGCUUCUGUUGUCAAUGACAUCUUUCCUUUCUCAUUUUGCAUCUAGAAAUGGUAACACAGAAUGUUUUACAGUGAAGUGUUUCUCUGAAGAUGCCACCGUGUUAUUUCCUGUAGGAUUAGUCCAAAGCAAAUCACAACUGACACAACUUUUUCCUACAGAGGCUAUGCUUUAAAAAGUGGUUAGUUAGCUUUCUUUUUCUCCAGUAGAAGAAAUAAACUGUACCAGUACUAUAUUCUCCCACAGAUAGAUUAUCCAUGAUUCUUUCUGGCAUUUAGAAACAGGAUUAAUUGACAGGUCAUUAGCCUCUGGACACAGAGACCUUUUUUGUCUUCUAACAUUUAUUAAACCUGGAACCAGGGCAGUAUGUCGGCAAAUAUGACCUCGAAUGCUGCCUGAUACUGGAAAGAAUGGACAAUUUAUACACUAGUAACUGUUUCCUAUGAAGCUACAUUGGACUGAAACUUGAAGAACUUUGUGGCUCCACAUGUUUUCUAUUUUAAUCCAUCAAAACAGUAAAAAUCAAAAAAACUUUGAAAAAUAAUGUGACACAAGAGAUGUGCUCAAUAUUUGAAAGGUUUAGUCUAUUAAGAGAUGUCUGCUAGGACUGGUUAGUGUUUAACAAUAAAUAGUGGGGAAUUCCUUUGGCACAGUGAAGUAUACAGGAUCCAUAGAGAUUUUAGGGCAACUUUAAACUAAAAACAUAUUUCUUCCAUUGCUUAUUUAGAACCUAAGCCACUAGCAUGUUUAGUUCUCCAGCUGAAUCUGAUUUUUACAUAGAUGACCUCUUCCAUCUCUUUAAACAGAGAAUGAAAUGUCUCUGCAGUGUAGGUUUCACACAUGCAGAACAUCUGAAACCAGCCUUUACAUCCUGUGAAAAUCUAAGAACCUGAAUGAGGUUUUAGAGUUAGUUUGAAAACAGAGAAUGAGGCCCCACUGUUUAUUUUCCUGACAACCUGUUGCUUAUUAUUCCUUACAAAAAACAUACAGGUUGUGACUGAAACACGUAGUUUUAUCGAAAUAUGUUGUGACGGUGACAAUACUGUCAUUGCUUUUGAUGUCAUUGAAGAGACACUGCAAGAUAACUAAUUAUAGAAUCAUGCUGUGCUUUUGAUGUAGUUAUUGGCAAAAGAUAAAUUUUUUAUCAUUUUUGCCAUAUUGGCCUUAAACUGUAAUGAAAAAAAGAUUUUGCUAAAGUGGGAAACAUGCAGGAUGUGGAAUAUAUGUGAAUCUAGCUGUGAACUCUCUUUUAUCUUCUGAAUAUCAUUGGCCUGUGGCCUGGCAGGGUCUAGGGAGGGUCUUUGGACCUGUUGGAAAGAACAAGCAAAAAAUAUCCAGUGCUGAAUUAAUCUGCAUGAUUGAUCCGUCUGAUAGUUUUUGUCCCAGACUCAGAGUUUCCUAUCAUAGAACAUAUGGUGCAAAGGAUUAGAGGCUGAGGCUGGCAAAGAAAAGGACCAUCCACUGUCCAGAAAAUCGGGCUCAAAAAAGUAAAAUUGGCAAAGUUUGCCUAGUUCUAAAAAUCACAAAAAGGGCAAAGAUAACACUGGGCGGAGAUGUGUGUCUCAUGGUUGCUUUUUUGUUUUGCAAAGAUCUGUAACUCUCCAGGGUUUUCUUUACAGUAAAAAUAACUGGUUGAGAAAUUCCUUGGCUGAGUCAGAAGAGUUUAAUCAAGAUGCUUGGAGAACCCAUAGCAUAUGGGACUCUGAGGCAGAGGCAUAAUCCUCGGUCAUCCAGGCUGCAACAAUGCAUAUAAGUCAUGUCAGGUCUUUGAUCGUGGCUCACCCAACACAAGUUGGAAUUCAUACAAAUUUCUGUUCCUAUUACACCUCACCUCGACGGGAAGAUGGAUAAGCAACCAAGGCCUUAGAGGGCUGAAGCAGUGCAGUGUUGCUGCUCUAAAGAGUGAUGUGAAGUCACAGAAUAAACAAGUCAACAACAGUAACCUGAUGAUAAAAGAAAAUCUCUUGAGGCUUAGUAUGAGAAAAACUGUAAAUCAUAAAGCUAUGAAGAGAUUAAAUGAAUCUGAAUUCAUUUAGGUUGGUUUUUUUCAAUUACUACUCUCGCAUACCAAUCUUUCAAAGCACUUUCUGUAUCUAACAAGCAUUUAAUUAGAAGUAGAGGUUUUAAGAAGGAAGUUCCGAGAUGACAUUGAGAAAACUAAGUCGGAGAGAAGUGAAUAUAAGAGCAAUGACAGCAGAAUUCUUUGUGGUUAGACAUGGAAAUAACAGAGGGGUGUUUGGAAAGUGUGAAGUUCACUGGAAAUAUCUUUGAACUUAUUAAGCAUUUACAUUGGUCUUGUGGUCUCUAAAGUGACUAGUAAACCCUGGCAUGGUUUAGCAGGGAGUGCACUACCGACCAUGGUCCUGUUAGAGUGGGGUUAGAGCUCUCCUAGUAUAGACUCUCCAUAUAAGAUGGUAUUAUAUAUUUCUUAGUCUCAUAAAUUUUUAUUAAGUUGUAUACUCAGAUAAUCAACCAUGUCUAAACUUUAAUUCCUGUCCAGUUUCAGGCCCUGUGGCAUGUCUGGCCACUGUGCCUGGGCUGUGAUGCUCUUAACCCCCAUGGAAGGGUGGUGUUCAUUGAAGCCACAACUUUUGAGACUCACAGGUGAAAAAUCAACUGCAAACUCAGCUCUCCCAAUUUUCAAGAAGGGUAAGAAGGGAGACCCCAGCAAUUACAGGCCCUCCAGUGUCACUUCAGUGCCUGGUAAAAUUAUCCAGAAGGUUAUUCUGGGAGUUACUGAAGAACAUUUGAGAGACUAUGCAGUCAUUGGGCAUAGCCAGCAUGGGUUCACGAGGGGAAGGUCCUGCUUAACCAACUUAGUUUCCUUUUAUGACAAAGUCAUCCAUCUGGUUGACCAAGGGAAGCCAGUAGAUGUGGUGGGUUUGGAUUUGGCAGCCAGUCACCAGUGGGGUUCCCCAGUGCUCAAUUUCAGGGCCUGUACUUUUCUAAUGUUUUGAUAAAUUAUCUGGAGGCAGGAAUCAAAUGUAAAGUUUCCCAGUGAUACUAAAUGAGAGUCCUUUAAGGGUAGAGAAGCCUUACAGAGAGAUCUCCAUAGAGUGGAGAGCUGAGCAAUCACCAGCUGUGUGAAACUGAACAAGAGCAAGUGCUGGGUUCUCCACCUGGGAUGGGGGAAUCCUGGUUACACAUACAAACUGGGAGAUGAAAGGCUGGGGAGCAGCCCUUCAGAGAGGGAUCUGGGAGUUUGGGUUGAUGGCAAUUGAAUAUGAUCCAGCAGUGCCCUGGCAGCCAGGAGGGCCAACCGUGUCCGAGGGGGCAUCAGGUGCAGCAUCGCCAGCCGGGUGAGGGAGGGGAUUGUCCCGCUCUGCUCAGCACUGGGGCAGCCUCACCUUGAGUAUUGUGGACACCACAACAUAAAGAGAAUAGAGAGCUAUUAGAGAGCAUCCAGAGGAAGGUGACCAAGAUGGUGAAAUGUCUUGAGGACAAGACUUACAAGGAACAGUUGAGGUCACUUGGAGAAGGGAAGGCUGAGGGGCGACCUCAUGGCAAUUCAUGUACAACUUCUUCAAGGGUGGGUAGUGGAGGGGGAGGAGGGGGAGGUGCUGAUCCCCUCCUCUGCUGACCAGUGAUAAAGCACAAGCUGUGUCAGGGGAAAUUCAGACUUCAGGAAAAGGUUCUUCCCUAAGAGGUCAGUCACUGCAACAGGCUCCCUGGGACAGUGGUCACGGCACCAUACCUUUACUCAUUCUCUGUAACUAUCCUGUGUUUUGAGCACAGGCCUACACCUACUUCUGCCAUAUACUGACAUUCAGUCACUGGGAAACAGGCUCCCACAAACUCUUGGAGUGAGCUGAAGUAUAUAAUGUGAUGGCUGAGAGCGUUAGGCCGCAUCUGGUUUUCUCCUUCAUAUUCCCGUGUGCCCUUGAGGUGAUAUCCUGUGUCUGCAGAAACUUCCCUAAAUGGACAUUGUCUGCCAUAAAGAUAGAUGGGGGUCUGUAUUUCUCUUCACUUCUGGCUGACACUAGAAUAUGUAGAUAACCCCACCGGACCACGGGAAUCCUAAGGCACCAGUGUGGACACCCCCUAGUUAAAGAAGCAAGUUUUGGGGUUCACAGCCACCUCUGAAUUAAGAUUAGGAAAAUCUUCAUCCUCUUGGUAAUAUUUCUACAGUACAACCUUCCCAAAGACAUUUCAGUGUUUUGUCAGUAAGAUGCAACUGGAGACAUCCAAGAAGAGAAGACAAUGACAGGCUGCAGCCAAGUACUGGUUACGUGUAUCAGUUAUCUGUAAAUGAAGGAACAAGACACGCAGAAGUUAGAAGAUUAUUGAACAGCUGAAAGAAAAAACACUAAGCACAGCAUUAGUUUCUGAUUUGUGGGAAAACUAUAUUUUAAAAUGGAAGUAAAGUUUCUGGCACAGCAAAAUUCUUGAGUCUCUCCAAGAGGCUCCACAGAAACUGUCACUUUCUAAUAUUAGAUAUUAGUUAACUGUGAUUCUAGUCUAGUCUAAAGUAUUGUGGGAUUUUUUCACCUACUGAGGAUGGUUUAACUUUCCCAACCAUAUAUGUCCAUGUAGGACAUAGAAGCCCUUAGCAUUACCUGAUAUUGCAUUGCUCUCACUGAACUAUUAGGAUGCAUUUGUAUCAAGGUUUUUAUCUCAGUUCUCUGUUACAAUUUGGUGUCUCACACCAAGACCUUUUGAAUGUCUAGUGGGGUUUUUUAGCUCUGAAGCACAGCUGCUUAGUUUCACCUCACAACUCUAUUUUUCAGGAACUUGCCAUUGAUGCUGGAAGUUGCAUUUGAGAAAAACAUGACACAUAGAGUCUUCAGGGUACAUAAACAGCCAUGCAAGCUCGUAAUUGCUCCACUGACCUCAACGGGAACAGUCAAGAAUACAUUAUGCAAUACUUUAAUUACCUUGUUCAUUCAGGACCAGAAAUCAAGAGGGAACAUAGUAAAAACCUUUUAAAGAUAUUUGAUUAAAAUCACUGGAGCAGGAUGAUGGAAAGAGAUGAGGGUUUCACUUGUAUUAAAGAGCCAAUCUCAUGAGAAUCUAAAAGGGACAAGGAGGCAAGAUGAAACUGGGACCUUGGAAUGCUACCUCAUGACAGUCCUCCUGCUAUAUAGAGGAAUGUAUAUGUGCUUUGCUUAUUCCAGAUUUAUUUAUAUGCUCAAUAUUAAGAUCUGUAAUAGAUUAAUAAAUAGAUUAAAAUAUCAUUAAGUAGUUUAAUAUUCCUAUUGAAAUAAAAAGAAGUCGUUGGCUCUGUAGUCAGUAAUUGGUAUCAGAUGCAUUUAGAGAAAUCUACAUUCGUCAUACACUCAAUCUAUUCCCUUUAGAGGACUGAAUUACAGAAUUCAUUGUUCAUUGAACUGUGUCUUCAGAACUUUGCUAUUUAAAUAGCCAAUUCAUUUAACCAGAGAUUUAUUUUCAGUUCUUGCUGUAUAUUUUCAUGUGUAGGAUAUGUUUCCCACAGCAACUUCAUUUUUUCCCUAUGAAAUAAGAAUUACCCAUGAAUCAGGUUCAUUCCCUGAAUAAGACUCAGGACAACACUGCUGAAUAUUUUAUAGAAUCAGCAUUUGCAAAAUGACUUGUACCUGCCCAAGGUGUACAGAAGCAUGACAGGAAGGCUCAGUGUACGUUCACUGAAGUCACUGGAAUUCACUGAAAUACAAUUUGUCCCAAAAGAUAUGAUUAAAGUGAUAAGGACUUCUAAUUUUAGCGUAACCUGCAUAACACAUCCAAAAUAUUCUUAGUGAACAUGUAUUUCUAUAUUAAUUUUUUCCCAUGUUCUCUUUCUAUGAUUUUUUUAAAAAUUCAUUUUCUUGAAUAUAAUAUAUUCUGAUGUUGCAGGACACAUUAACAUAUACCCUUUGGAACAGGUUCAUUCUGAUUUUAAUCUCCUGACCCUUUUUAAACAGUCUCUGAGUGGAAAAUAUUUCCCUACUUAGCAGCUGGAUACCCUCAAUUUACACUACAGAUUGCCAAAGGAUUUGUAAGACCCAUUAGCUUUAACAUCCACAAGUGUACCCAUCUCAUUUUAUGGAGCUGCAAGCUGGAUUCAAGUCCAAAAAGGACUUGUAAACCUAUGUGUAGGUUUAUUUGGAAGAAUCUUGAUGUUCUUUUCUGAAAAUAGGGUAUUAGCAUUUAACAGAUUGGCUUUAUAACUGUUUAAAGAAAAGAUACCAUCUAGGAACAAAGUGUUGGAAGGGGAUUACAGGGUCCCUGAGUUGACUCAUUGUUCCCAUUUGCAGGAACUACAAAAUAUGACCCAGUUCACUCCCUUACCAGGAGCCAUACUGACAUGCCUUAAGAGUUUGCCCCUGCCUCCUUUCCUGGGAUGCUGUUUCACAAUUCACUGCUGUGAUAAUCAGAAAAUCUGCCAAUUGCCAGCCUAAAUGUGUUUACUGACUUUUUAUGGUGUAUAGUUUUUUGGGUUUCCUUUCUUGGUAUAUAACAUAUAGCGGGAAGCACAGCAGAGAAGACUGAUUGCAACCUUACCUGAUUUCAACUACUCUGGGAAGAUCUCCAUGCACAACUUCCAUUACCACUGUCAUUGUGGAAAAACAGCUCAAUAUCUAUCUAAAAGCAAAGGAUACAGGAGAUGGAGCCCCAUGUAUAUAGUAAUUAAUGGUGUACAAUAGGUAUCUCAAAGAAUAAACCGAGGGCUAUUGUAAGAUACAGUGGCCUGUCAGAUCUGAAACACAGCCAGUGGGUUUUGGCCUAGAGACUGAGAAACUUAUGCACAUUUGGGAGGCACACAACUUGAUUAAAGAAUAUCUAUAAUUUAGGACUGGCUAAUUAGUCAGCCAAGUAGUCUCAAACUAGUUGCCCAGGAGGCUGUGUUCAACCACUAGAGGGAAUGAGAGGAUGUGAAGGCUGUGUGGAGCACUGAAGUGACAGCCAAGGGUUGUGGAGAUGGGUGUUGGAGAGGAGGAAGGCAGAGACAAGUGAUGGCUGCAGACUUACUGGGGAAGGAAACAGAACAUGGGUGCUUCAGUGGGAAAAAAAAGGGAGAAACUGGUCCAGUGAGUGGUGAGAUUUUAAAGGAUAGUUCAAGCUGAACAUUUCCAAAAGUAGUAAUAAACUUGUCUAUUCCCACUUGAUGGUGAUGGAAGUAACAUGACAACUUCUUCCACGAAAUUAAAAAACUUAAAUCUGCAAUUUAAAAUUGCAUUUGCAUGCUUAUUGUCAGAAUGCAGCAAAUAUUUUGUUUUGCUUUUAAAGAAAAUAAUUAAACCUACUGAAACAAUUAAUGACACGAAAGCAAGAGCUUUUAAGUCAAAGUACAGGGAAGACAUAUAGACCUUCAUAAUAGCAAUAAUUUCAAAAGGGAACACACAUUCUGAUACAGGAAAAGGAUAACUGAGAUGCAAGACUUAAAUCAAAAAGAAAUUAUACAGAAAAUACAGGAGGCAAAAGUGCUGAAGUUGUAAGCUCACAGUAAAGAGGAACUAAGUUUCACUAUAGAUGAAUCUUAAUCUAAAUAAAUUAAUUGCUGUAAAUAAUCGUAGUUUUUUUCAGAUAUCUAGACAUCCUGAAUGAAAAUGAGCAGCUUUCCUGAAGAGAUGCUAGUUAAUUGAAUAUGGCUGGAACUACACAUGGUUUUAUUGGCAAUAAAUACCUACUAAAGAGUGCACUUCAUUAGACUCCCCAGCACACUCGUGACAGUGGGAACCACUAGAAAAACUGUCACAUUAACUUGGAUAUUAAGGGAAUAUUCAUAUAGCCCUGGUAUAACUAUUAUUCUAAGUCUCCUUUUAGUAGUCAACAAAGACGGGGUUUCUCAAGGAACUGAGGAAAGGUUUCCUGACUGUUGUAGAAACACUUCUCUCCACUGACUAUAAAAAACCAGGCUCCCUUCCAUAGGUAGAAGUUAUCCAAAUAACUCAUAAAUUUUAUUUUCCAAAGGAUUUAGUUGCUUAGGCUUAGAAUCUUCAAAAUCAUUAAGCAUAAAGUUACAUCUCUGAGUGCAUCAGGUUUUAGGCAUCUCUGCUAUUUCAAAGUAGCCACUUGCCCUGCCAUGUACAGCCACAGGUAUUAAGUUCUAUUGCCCAAGUUUAUGCUUUACCUGGGCUCAGAAAGAGCACAGGAAAAAAUAAAGCAUGAAAAUACCAAGCGUUAUUAAAGCAAAAACUACCCUUUGGAAGCACCCAAAACCCUGAGAGAAUAUUUGCAGGGAGUAUCACUAGAAGCCCUUCUUCCUUCACCCUUCCCUAGACAUCAACCCCCAGAGAGACCAGCUUUUAUCUGAUAAGGAAUGGACACCUUUAUAUUUUAACUGCAACCAGUAGUAUGCCAAAGCCUCUCAAGAGCUAAGGCUCAAAACUUAAAACUCAGGGAAAAGCAGCUGAACGAUGCCAGCAGGUCAAAUUUCUGAAUGAAAUAGUGAGUAAUUCUUUGCAAUAGCAAUCCCAGAACUAUCUCCCUAUUUCUUAUACAUACCUUUGGGCAACCCGCUAUGUUGCCAGAUGUUAGUCUGUGGCAGUGAAAUGCCAUUGCUUUCACAGCUUCAUCUGUCAGCUGAGGGCAGUAAGAGACAUGGCAGGGUUACAGGUAUUUUGUGACCUCAGUUACAACACAUGUACAUCAGCCCUUGGAUCCACUUCGGGCACUUCAGUUCUCCAGGCACCCUUUACUAGUAGUGAAGUCAUUCAGCUGUUGGCUGUGAAUGUCACUAGUAAAAGAAGAGGUGCAUUAAAGGGCUAUUUUCCAUUGCUUAUAUAUUAUACUUUGAGAUUUUUUUUUAAAAUGAAAAAAAAUAUGUAUAAAUUACAUUAUUUUCUUGGAAAGAAAUGGGUAAGAACUUCAGGACUGUCACUCACAAGUUCUGGGUUCUAAUAUGCUCUGUGGGGUUCAGGACAGUUAACUGUGAUACUGGUUGACUACAAUUUCUAUCCUCCUUUUUAGAGUGAAUAAACAUCUGCAGAUCCUACUGACUCCAAUUUCAGCACCUUUAUAACUCAGAUAGCUUUUUCAUAUGCCCUGUAAAACAGAUAGUUUUGGAAAAGAACAAACUCUCGUGAAAGGUCACAGAGAUUCUUAAAAUACACUUUUCUCCUUUGCACUCUAAACCUUUUUUACCUUUUGGCCUGAAUCUUUAUGAAGCCUGAAAAUAAUCACUUCUAGGCCUACAAAGGGAAGAAGGUAGACCUUCUCUUGAAACCUUUUCUGGAAAUGUUCUCUUGAAGAGAGAUACCUAAAAUCAUAUUUCUUCACCCAACAGCCCCAUGAUUUGAGCAUCACAGAACAUUUAGCAGCUCUACCAAAGCUUUGGCUUCAGUGAGAGUCUCUCCUCUUCUGUGAUGUUCAGCUUAAAACCGUGGUGAGAUAUUUGUUACUGAGUUAUCUUCCAGGCCUGCUAAUCUUGGCCUAAGGCUAGUGUAAUUUGUCAUCUACCGGAAUGCAAUUCUACCUCUAUAGGGGAAAGAAGGAAAUACUUACAUAGCAGAUUGAAUAAAAAACAUUGGCUGCAUGAAGCUUUUCAAAGCUUUCAAGACUUAGUCCUGAGGUAAACACAUUAAGGAUCACAUGGAUAAAUAACACAUGCACACACGGAGAGGCACAAAAAUGCACCUAUUUAUCAUGGACAAAUAUUACAUAUUUAUCAUUUUGAAAAAAACUCUGCAAUAAUCAGACUAUUGCCACUAACACACAGCUAUUUUUGUCUUACAUAAAACAGGAACUUGCACAUUAACAUACCGUUGAUUACUGGAAAAUUUUGCCUUUGUUAUGAUGAAAAAUUAUGUGAUUCUGUGUGAUUUUCGUAAGUCUCACAUAAACAGAUGCAAAGAAACUUAUCAAAUCUGAAAUUUGUAUCAUAGCUGGGAAUUUCAGAAUUUUUGACUAUAUCCUCACUCCAGUUUCUUUUUUCUGCCCAUCAGUACAGCUCUAGGAAGGCAGUGCUUCUUGGGCUUUGGGUUCUUGUUUUAUUUUACAAAAUACUAGAAUGUCAAGUGUUUUAACUUUGGACUGGUUAGAGUGGACAAUUCAGAAUUCAUAUUCUGGAUCGGCUUCUGUGCCCUUCCUAUUUCAAUCUUGGCUCUACAGGCUGUUUGUCACCUGUAACACAGAAACAUUCUCAACUCAGCAACUGAAUGUUUAUUAUCCAUGUGCAAGAGAAACUGCACACCCUUCAGAAUUAGGCCUCAGAUGUGAUGACUUAAUCACUACAUUCUCAGCUAGGGUAUGUAACACGAGCUGAAGCCAAGAUUUCAAUGCCUAUGAGAUAUGUUUAUCUUAUUUUUACUAACAUAGCUUGUCUACAUACAUAUUUAAAAUAUCCUUCCAAGUUAGGUUUGGAAUUUGCUCUUAACUCUUAAGUCUACCCCGGCAUUAUUUUGCAAAUAGCAUUGAAAUUAUAUUUGCAACCAAAGGAGAUGGAGCUUUGUUUGCUCCAUUCAUCUCUGUAUCCCUGGUUCUAUGCUAUAUUUACCUUCACAACCUCUUCUGUAUUUUCUUUAAAGUUUGCAAAAUCUUUAGACACUACAAAAAAUCAAAUGCCAUAUGAAGCAAAUAUAAUUUUCUAACUUAUUUGCAUUAUUUUAAUUCUGUGUAAAGAAGGCCUGAGGACACACACAAACAUCAAUGAAAAUAUCAGAUACUAAAGUGCUGCUCAUUAAGUGAGCAUCACCUGAGUUAUGAAUGAGCAAAGAUCCUAUUUACAAUAUAUGGGAUCACAUAAGCAUUUACAUACUGUUAUACUGCCCACAGGCAGUGGGAUUAUAAUGGGAUUACUCUCUACAAAUUUUCCAUAAACUCACAUCCUUACAUUCAACUUACAAAAAAGAAUUUGCCAUUUUGUUUCAAGUUGCUUCAUAUCUCUUCUUCUUUCUCCUGUCCUCCCUGGAUCCAUGACAACAUGGCUUCUGCUACUCCUACACGUACUCCCUGCUGCUGCUUUCUUCUGCAGAAAGUUCAAAUUCAUAUGGCAGACGAGGAAAGCGUAAGCAUUUCUUUUUCAGAAUUUUUUUUGAACUUACUCUGUGUAAUGAGAAAACUGAAAUAGCUUCUUAGCCAUAAGCACAGCACAACACAGAAGGUAAUAUUCUCCUCUGAGAGCAGCAGCACUGGCACUACCCGACUUUCCAUGAGGUACACAAGAUGUACAUACUUGGUCAUUGUUAAAAACGUGGAACUUUACAUGGAACAGUCAUGAAAGGCGAGUCAGAAUUAUUCCCAAAGAGGCGAAUCCUAACGGCCUGACGUGUAUGUUGGGUAGCAAGAUUCAAUCCAGAUGCAGCCCUUGUGGUACAACAACAACUAACUCAUUUUUACAAUAUAUGGCUAUAAAAUGAUGGAUGUUGAAAAUUUAUAAUGGAAAAAAUGUAGAAGCCGAAAACUGGGAUUAUGUGAUGGCAUUGCCUGUACCUGCAGCCUUAUGAUCUGCAACUGUUUAUGGGCAUGGAAUUGAUAGAAUUAAAAAAACAUGAUUUAAGGAUUUCUGUUACUUAUGGUUAGGAAUGAUUCUCAGUUACAGAAAGAAAGUGCUCUUAUUUGGAUGUAAAUCCUCUCUCCUUCCUAACAAGAGGGAUGGCUCUUUUUAAUACUGUAAAGUUACUAACUAGUGUUUAUUUCUUAUAUUUUUCCGAAAUACAAAGCAGUAAAUCUAUGCAAUCAUAUUGAAUUCAUCAAAUCUCCAUAAGGAUUUUGGUAAACUACAAACAAUCUGUGAUAAGGACAAAAAAUUUCAGAGUUUAACUAUACAUUUUAGAAACAGUCAUCUCUUUCUCUUCAUUCUUAAUUUUCAAACUGAGUUCAUUUCAUGCUCACUAGAUUCUGUAUGGAAAUAAACAGCAAAAAACUGACCUCUAUCCACCCUUUUCAUGCCAUAAUUGAAUGGAUCUCUGCUGUAUGGAAUUGUAGGAAUGAAAGGGUAGAAUAAUUUUUGAGACUGUAGAAAGGUGUAAUGAAGAAUGAAUGAUGAUAUGCAGAGCAAAGUAAGAUCACUUUUGGACAUGGUUAAUUCAAAGAAAUAGGGAGGCUUGCAGGGAACACUGAAAAAUAGGUGACGUUUUACCAGAAUCCCAGCGCCACUGAUGUUUUUGCAUUGUGAUGUAGAAAGUUACAAUAUUUUUCCAGGCCAGCCUAGGGCUCUCAAGCCCUAAAAAAUUCCAGAAAAAUUAAUCUUAAAAAUCAAUACAUGUGAUUACAUGUAAUUACAUUCAACUUGUUAAGAUGGUCAAUACUGUCCAAUGCCUGUAUAGUAAAGCUUCCAUCUAAGAAUCACCGCAUAUUUUAAGACAUUCUCUUCAGCAGAACACAUAUAGUUUAUCCUCAUACUUUUUAAGCAAGUAUAAGGUUCAAGAAUUCUAAGCAGAAAUAAUUCAAUUGAGAAAGGGAAAAAUUUUAUUUUCCUACCUGUUGAAAAAGAAAGAGUGAAGAAAAGUAGUGUGAUGUGAAAUACUUCCACCAAGGCUCUCAUAAACAUACAUUUACAGAUGCACUCCUCCAAAAUUUGGGGUUGAAAGAACUUUUCAUAAUUGUUGGGGGGUUUUUUUAGAAGAACAAAAUACUAUUUUCUAGGACCAAAUAAUGUCUUAAAAUUGCUGCCUUACAAUUAAGGGCUUUAUAGCUACAGCUAUGGCACAAGACAAGAUUUGAAACAGUGCAGUCACACUCAUAGGUGUAUGAACACCCUCCAUAUUCAAGACAACAGGGAGGUGAAAACUUCGGUAAAUUCCUACUUCAGGAGUGCAAAAGGAUCCAAAGAUGCUUUGUGAUUUUUACUGCUUGUACACCAGGAAACAGGACAAUGUCUGAUCCUAAAUACUCUAAACUGAAGGAGAAUUGAAUGUUGAUUUUGUAAAAUGUAUUUUGAUAGUCACAGCAGAAUCUCUCUGUACUUCAUACAAUAAAGUAAACUUUAUUGAAAAGCAAAGUUAUCGCUUUAUUCCGCAUGGUUAAUAAAUUAUCUACAAUUAGGCAGUGAACAGCACUGCCUAAUUGUAGGCAGAGAGGAAGUGUCAGCCUGAAAAAAUAAGCCCAUGUAAAUAGUGUCUGGAAUCCAGAUGUGGACACUGUACUGGUAAUGCUGAAGAGUGCGGCUGGAGUUCAAAUUUUGCAAAUUCCUGAAAUCUCACAGGCUGAAUAAAACCAAAGAAUGGAACAAGGAGAGAGAUUUCCAAUCCUGGAAAAUCCUACUUAUGAAAACACAUAAAUUUGCAUUUCCCUCAGCAGACACUGUUAUGUAGUGAGCAUUACUUUCAACAGCUUCAUGAAAAUCUACAGAUUCCAAAUUUUUGUUGACCAAAGCACUCCUAUUCAAGACAAUAAACCAUUUAUGUACUUAAACCCAAAACAGGUUUAUGCCAGAACUUGAAUUCCUUACAGCAGAGACUGAUAAUGAUAAGUGUGACCUUUAGGAACAUAAUUUCUUCUUGUAUUUUUCUUUAUUUGAAAGUGUUCCCACUUUAAUGUACUUGCUAAGGAAAUACUAGAAAAUAUUAUAAAGAUUUUUUUGCUACUUGACAACUAAUGCUGUUAUGUCUUCAAAGUUAAUUUAUAAUAAAUUUAUAUUAUUAAAGUGA